CCCCCACCCACACCGAUCUACUCCUCCCUUUCUCUGCCUCGGGCACGCACGGCCCCGCGCGGCGCGCACGCACGCUUCUCUCCUCCGAAGUCUCCGCGAGGCCAGAAGUGUGAGGACGACUCCACGCCCCCGCCCACCCACUCUCAAUCCUCCCUCGUCGCCGAUCAAGAACCCUGUCUCGGGGUUCCGGCCUCGCCCACGGCCCUGGCUCCUCGCCGCCCUGCCGCUGCUGCCGUCGGUGCUCGAGGUCAGCCUGGCCGCGGCGAUGGAUCUGACCAACCUGACACUAGUGCUUCGUGCGGCGCUCAGCCACGCCCCCGAGGAGCGCAAAGCCGCUGAGGCCAGCCUCAACCAGUUUCAGUAUACCCCACAACAUCUGGUGAGAUUGUUACAGAUAAUUGUGGAUGGAAAUUGUGAUAUGGCUGUCAGACAGGUCGCAAGCAUUCACUUCAAGAACUUUGUUUCAAAAGCCUGGUCACCUAUUGAUCCUGAAGAAACGCGAAAAAUUCCAGAAGAUGACAAGUCCAUGGUUCGUGAGAAUAUACUGGGCUUUGUAACUCAAUUGCCUCCGCUGCUAAGAGCACAGCUUGGAGAAAGUAUCAAGACCUUGAUCCUUGCAGAUUAUCCUGAGCAGUGGCCUAGUCUUCUACACUGGGUUACACAUAACCUUGAAUCACAGGAUCAAAUUUUUGGAGCUCUAUAUGUGCUAAGGAUCCUGUCCAGGAAAUAUGAGUUCAAGUCAGAGGAGGAAAGGAUACCCUUGCAUCAAAUUGUUGAGGAGUGUUUCCCUCGUUUGUUGAAUAUAUUGAGCACACUUGUCCAGAUUGCCAAUCCUCCAAUUGAAGUAGCUGACUUGAUCAAGCUGAUCUGCAAAAUAUUCUGGUCCUCAAUUUAUCUAGAAAUUCCAAGGCAACUGUUUGAACCAAAUAUCUUCAAUAGAUGGAUUGUUCUAUUCUUAAACUUGUUGGAAAGGCCAGUUCCAGCGGAAGGGCAACCACUGGAUGCUGAUGCUAGGAAAGCUUGGGGCUGGUGGAAAGUCAAGAAAUGGAUUACCCAUAUCUUGAACCGCCUAUACAGUCGGUUUGCUGAUAUGAAGGUUCAUAAACCAGAGAGCAAAGCUUUUGCUCAAAUGUUUCAAAAGAACUAUGCUGGAAAAAUUUUGGGAUGUCAUUUACAGCUGCUCAAUGCAAUCCGUACUGGUGGCUAUUUGCCCGAUAGGGUUAUCAAUCUCAUCCUUCAAUAUCUUACAAACAGUGUAACAAAGAACAGCAUGUAUCAGCUGAUGCAACCACAAAUUGACAUAAUCCUGUUUGAGAUAAUAUUUCCACUGAUGUGCUUCAAUGACAAUGAUCAAAUGUUAUGGGAUGAAGAUCCGCAUGAAUAUGUCCGGAAAGGCUAUGAUAUAAUUGAAGAUUUGUAUAGUCCUCGAACAGCCGCUAUGGAUUUUGUGAGUGAAUUGGUAAGGAAACGGGGAAAAGGCAACCUACAAAAGUUUGUCCAUUUUAUUGUGGAGAUAUUUAGGAGGUAUGAUGAAGCAUCUGUUGAAUUGAAGCCAUAUCGCCAAAAAGAUGGUGCACUUCUUGCCAUUGGGACAUUAUGUGAUAGAUUGAAACAAACAGAUCCAUAUAAGGCUGAGCUGGAGCGAAUGUUGGUUCAACAUGUCUUUCCAGAAUUCAGUAGUCAUUGUGGACACUUGCGCGCGAAGGCAGCAUGGGUUGCUGGGCAGUAUGCGCACAUCAACUUCUCAGACCAGGAUAAUUUUCGCAAAGCUAUGCAUUGUGUUAUAUCUGGUUUGCGUGAUCCAGAACUUCCUGUCAGGGUUGAUUCAGUCUUUGCUCUCCGUUCUUUUGUCGAAGCAUGCAAAGAUCUAGAUGAGAUCCGUCCAAUUCUUCCUCAGCUUCUUGAUGAAUUUUUUAAGCUUAUGAGUGAAGUUGAGAAUGAGGACCUUGUUUUCACUCUUGAGACAAUUGUUGAUAGAUUUGGUGAAGAGAUGGCACCAUAUGCGCUUGGAUUGUGCCAGAGUUUGGCUGCUGUCUUCUGGAGAUGCAUGGCUAGUUCAGAAGCUGAUGAUGAGGUUGAGGACUCUGGGGCUUUAGCUGCUGUAGGUUGCUUGCGUGCUUUAAGCACAAUCCUUGAGUCCGUUAGCAAUCUUCCCCAUCUUUUUAUCCAAAUAGAGUCCACUUUGUUGCCUAUUUUGCGCAGGAUGUUGACUUCAGAUGGUCAAGAUGUUUAUGAAGAAGUUCUAGAAAUACUGUCCUAUAUGACGUUUUACUCCCCAGCAAUAUCAUUGAACAUGUGGAGCUUGUGGCCGGUGAUGAUGGAGGCUCUAAAUGAUUGGGCCAUUGAUUUCUUUGGGAAUAUUCUUGUCCCACUAGACAACUACAUUUCUCGUGGUACUGAACAUUUUGUUGCCUGCAAAGAUCCUGAUUAUCAACAAAGCCUAUGGAAAGGACUAUCAUCUGUUAUGACCGACCAAAACAUGGAAGAUUCUGAUAUUGUGCCGGCACCCAAACUCAUUGAAGUGUUUUUUCAAAACUGCAAAGGUCAAGUCGAUCAUUGGGUUGAGCCGUAUCUCAGGCUUACGAUUGACAGGCUCCAUCGAGCAGAGAAGCCAUAUCUUAAAUCUCUCCUUGUGCAAGUGAUAGCUAAUGCGUUCUACUACAAUCCUUCACUGACACUGGCAAUGUUGCAUAAACUUGGAGUUGCAACACAAAUUUUCAAUCUUUGGUUUGUCAUGUUACAACAAGUAAAAAAAAACGGCAAGCGGGUGAACUUCAAAAGAGAGCAUGACAAGAAAGUCUGCUGCUUGGGAUUGAUUUCACUUAUUAGCCUUCCAGCUAAUCAUAUUCCAGCAGAGGCUUUGGAGCGCAUUUUCAAAGCAACACUCGAGCUGCUUAUCGCGUACAAGGAUCAAGUUGCAGAAUCUAAGAGGCAAAAUGAUACUGCUACUGAUGAUCUGGAUGAAUUUGAUGCCGAUGAAGAAGAGGAUGAGGACGAUAAGGAUAUGGGGGUCAAUGAUGAAGAUCAGGAUGAAGUAACUAGUCUCAGUAUACAGAAACUUGUACAGGCUAGAGGUUUCCAGCUCCAUGAUAAUGAUGACGACGACAACGAUUCUGAUGACGAUUUCAGCGAUGAUGAGGAGCUGCAAACACCGAUAGAUGAGGUGGAUCCAUUUAUCUUCUUUGUUGAAACCAUCCAAGCUAUAAAAGCAUCCGAUCCAGCUAGGUUCCAGAACCUUAUGCAGACUCUGGAUUUCAGCUACCAGGCACUUGCUAAUGGCAUAGCUCAACAUGCUGCGGAAAGAAAAGUUGAAAUUGAGAAAGAAAAGUUGGAGAAAGCAAAUGCACAGUGACAAAGUUAUAGCAUGGUUGUUUGUCUUUGGUUUUGUGAACAAUACACAGGUCAGUAUCCUGUGAUUUGGUGAUUGCAAGCAUCGGGUUUUUGCAGCCUUGGUCAACUUGUUUUUGGAGGCCAAUUUUGAGGCGCAGUUCUUGCAAUAGAAGCCAGCAACAGAAUCGUCGUGGAUAAUGUCUUGCCGAUGUUGGCUUGUUGUCGGGUCGUAGUGGGAUUAGAACACUACGUACUUGUUACGAUGCUGUUUUGGUCCCGAGCACCAUCUCCCAUUGAUUGAUGAAUAUUUGUUGAUGGGCCCUGUGGUGGAUGCAUCCCCAAGUUUGCUUAAUAGUUUAGGAAGGUCGGUUGUAGAGUGUAUAUGAUUGGGCAAUCGCAGGUGGAUUACCCGCAGAUGGUCCAUAUAAUUUUUUGUUUCGGGAUUUAGUCAGUCGAAUUUUGCCCGUACGAUGUAUUCAGAUAGCUGAACCAUGUCUCUGUCAUGUGACAGCGUGGGUGGUGAAAUAAGCUUUUUCAUGCAUGUGGUUCAGUGAGCUUGUAAGCCGGAUCUGGUUAUAUUACCUUGCAAUACAUAAUAGCUUUGGUAACUUAACAAA